AUGUCUGUACGAGAAACGACAGAUCCUUAUGAAAUAAGAACUGGUGCUCAUCAGAGCCAGCAAGACUUUUACACAUAUCUGAGCGUUUGCCACGAUCCAGUUCGAACGGUUUAUACAGUGCGUGGGAAAACAUGUCACAAAAACAAUCAAAUCGCUCUUGGAAAAUUCAAGAAUGCUGUUAAUAAAACUGGGUGGGGAAUUUUCGAGGUGGAGACGUUUAGCAAUUACAGCGAGGAACUGCAAGCAUAUUCUGCAGGCCUUGCUGAAGGUAUUCUUACGAAAGAAUUGAUCCAUUACCAUCGUCUCAAUACAAUUGAAGAACUAUGCAAAGAUGAUAAAGCGUUCUGCAAGCGAUUAUAUUCCUAUUUGCAGGAAAAUCUUGACUGGAUCAAAAAAACUGCUAUCCAGGCUCCAGCAGAUCAAUACUGGAAGCAGGUAAACCUAACAUUCGCACAGCUAAGUGGAAUUUAUCACGGAUAUCUCAGAAAACAUAUCUUCCACUUUAAGCCGGCGAUCGAAUUCAGAAUCACUCCCAUAUACAUGUUGCAAUUGUCUGGUGAGCUAAUUGAUUUGUCGAAAUUUUUCAAUAAGACGAAAGGAUAUUUAACGGAAAUUGACGCAGGAAAAUGCUCAGGUUUCAUCAAAAUCACCGAAAAAAAUGAAGAUUUAUUAUUUGCGCACGUUGCAAUGUCAGGAUACAAUACCAUGAACCGUAUCCUUAAGAUUUAUAAAUUCGGAUUCAAUUCAUCUAAAUUUCCUGGAAACACAUUCUCUUUUUCUGGAUAUCCCGGCGCACUUGCGUCUCUGGAUGACUUUGUUCUUAUCAAUUCUGGAUUGGCUGUUAUGGAAACAACAAUCAGUAUUUUUAAUGCAGAAUUGUAUUCUGAGAAAUAUAUCAAACCGCAAAAGCAGUUGCAUUGUUGGUUGAGAAGUAUUAUAGCGAAUAGCUUAGCCAGCACUGCUAGUGAAUGGGUGAAAAUAUUUGCUAAAUACAAUUCUGGGACGUAUAAUAAUCAGUGGACAGUACUCGAUUACAAAAUGUUUAAGCCAGGUCAAAGCCUGCCUUCCAAAAAUAUGAUUUGGGUUCUUGAACAAGUACCAGGCUAUGUAUCUGCUCAGGAUAUAACAUCCCUUUUCAAGCAACAAAGAUAUUGGCCAAGCUAUAAUAUUCCAUACCUAAAAGAUGUGCAAAAAAUGAGUGGAUUUGAAGACAAAGGGAAACAGUAUGAUUGGUAUAACUACGAUAAUUGCCCAAGGGCAAAGAUCUUCCGUCGCGAUCAUAUUUUUGUUAAGGAUACGCAAACGCUGCAAAAAUUAAUGAGAUAUAAUGAUUAUACGCAUGAAGAAUUCAGCAGAUGCAAAUGCAAUCCUCCGUAUACAGCUGAAGCAAGUAUUUCAACUCGUGGCGAUCUAAAUCCUAGUAAUGGAACCUACGAAUUAGCAGCAAUGGGACAUCGCAAUCACGGAGCCAUCGACUAUAAAGGAACAAAUUACACAUUAUUCAAGCGAUUAGCUUUCAACGCUUGGGGUGGACCGACCUAUGACCCACUUCCAGUUUUCAGUUGGGAAACCACUGACAUCGUUGAAAAUCAUUACGGACAACCAACAACUUGGAAUUUCAAGCCAAUUCAAAUUCGAUGGGAAUCUGAGGUCAAAGUUGAUGUAUAA